UGGUUACCCCCUAGGGAGGAAUUUAAAUGGAUUCGGUUUUCUAAUGUUGACAUAAUUGUCAAUUAGUAAAUUUGAUUAGUUUUAAUUGUUGAUUAUUUUUUCAAUUGAUUUACCUUUUUAAUUGAAUUGGAAAUUGACUGAAUUUUGAAAUUCGAAAGAUGCAUGGACGUGUUAAGGUUAAGGCUCCUAAAGAGUUACAAGCUGAGAGAGAACAAGAAGAAAGAGCUUUGGCUAAGAAGUUCAAAGAAGAUCUUGACAAGGCUUGGGCGAAGAGGCGAGCUAAAUGUUAUGAUGAUGAGGCUUUGAAAAUAACGGCGAGAAUAUUGAUGCUAAAUGCGGAUUACCAAACGAUUUGGAAUUUUCGCAGAGAAAUUAUUCUCCAUAUGGAAAAAGAAUCGGACAUGGAAAAGGUUUACAUGGAUGAACUUAAAUUUUCUUCUUCUUGUCUAGUUAAACAUCCAAAAUCUUAUGCUACUUGGUAUCAUCGUCGAUGUAUUAUCAUAGCGAUGAAAAAUCCACCAUUUGCAGAGGAAGUUCAAGCUUGUAAUCAAUUUUUAGAUCUCGAUGAAAGAAACUUUCAUUGUUGGGAUUAUCGACGAUUCAUUUGUAAUUAUGGUAAAAUUGACCAUAAAGACGAAAUAGAUUUUACCGCAAAAAAGAUUGGUCAAAAUUUCUCCAAUUUCUCAGCAUUCUACUAUCGAAGCUCAAUAUUAACUCAAUCCCAUAAUGGUGGUACUCUUGAUAUUAAUGACUUUUGGGACACCGACUAUGAGAUGAUAUCUAAUGCCAUUUUUGUUGAUCCAAAUGAUCAGUCACCUUGGUUUUAUCAUAGAUGGCUACUGGCUAUCGAUAAAUACAUGGACUUACAAAAUCCAGAUCCAGAGACAUUAUUACAUAAAAUAAUAUUCGAUAGAUCAAAUAAUCGAAUAUUCUAUCAAUUUUUCCGACCUUUUAGAGAACAUCCCUUUGAAUCAAUUAUAAUCGUAACCAAAGAAGGUCAAACAAUAUCUGUAAAUGAUAUUGUUUGGGAAAAAAAUGAACAAAGUUCAUGUGAUCUUUGGUACCAUGAGAUUGAAAAUGUUACCACAAUUGAUGUAAUUUCAUUCCAAUAUUCAGGUAAACAAUAUACUGUUGAUUUACCUCAACUCGAUGAGAAAUCAAAUCUACAGGUAAACGUAAUUACGCCGCUUGGUAAAGAGAAACGAUGUAAAACUGGGUCUAGAUUGGACUCAGCCAAAGUCGAUAAUCUUAAAUUACUCCAAGAACUUGAACCCGAUAAUAAGUGGGUUAAUUUAACAUUGUCUUCGUUUAAUGAUAAACCACAUGAAGAGUUAUUUACGAAAUUGGCUCAACUUGAUCCAUUAAGAUGUAACUACUACUAUGACCAAAGAAGUAAACAAAUCAUAUCAAAUAGAUUGGAAGAUUAUACCUCAGAAUCUGAGUUCGCUAUUAAUGGAGUAAAAUUGACUUGCUUAUACUUUGCCAACGAUUUUACUAACCUUCGAAUAUUGGAUUUAACCAAUAACCAUUUCUCCAGAUUAAGUUCUGAUUUUAAUACACUUAUUGUCCUCGAAACGCUAAUUCUGGAUGACAAUUAUAUUAAUUAUACCGAUGGUUGUUUUUCAAUGUUAACUCUUAAAAAAUUGUCUCUCAAGAAUAACAAAAUUACCGAUCUACAAGUAAUCCAACCCAUUAAGAACUGUCCAUCCUUGGAAUUAGUUGAUCUCACCGGUAAUCCAAUCAAUCAUGAAAAACCAUCACCCAUUCCGAUCAAUAUAAAACUUAUAUUCUAAUCUAAUUAUUUACUAUCUGAACAAUUUUAUUGAUUGUUGACUACAAUUCAAACAACCUGUUGUGUUGUCAAGAUAAAAUUCUAAUAGAGUUAUUAUUAUUUAAUUAUCUAUUAACAUUUCCAGUAACGUAUUAUUAUUAACAAUUAAUUUAACGCUUGA